AUGAUGAUGGACUGGGGCGCUUUCUCCGAUUGGAUCGCCUGGGGCUUGCUCGUCUGCUCUUUCCUCGUCGUGCUGGCCGUUGCCCUCACGGCGCUCGUCGUCAUCCUCCACCACGCCAUCACAUAUCUUGGGCGGCGCUUCGGCAAGGCGCCGCCGCCGCCGUUCAUCGAGGACCUGCUCCAGAGCAUCCCGGACGUGGCGUACCAGGAGCUACCUGACGCCGGCGGAGACGACAGGGACUCGUGCGUCAUCUGCGUCACGCCCUACGAGGCCGGCGAGGCCUGCAGCGUCCUGCCCGGCUGCACCCACAUGUUCCACAAGCCCUGCGUCGCCAGGUGGCUGCGCAAGAAGAACACCUGCCCGCUAUGCAGGGCCACGGUAGGCGUGCCGGCACACCCACACCCACCACCACGGCAGCCCAACCUAGUCAACGCCGCAGAGAACGCGGUGUAG